AUGCCGCGCUUCACCCUACCACCUUUCUUGCGCACCCUCUCCUCCAAGCACUCCACCACCGCCGACUCGCCCAACAACACCGACGACGCCGCCACCGACACCGACACCACCGCUGCCACCUCCGCCUCGCCCUCGCCCUCCCCUGACCUCCGCGCCACACAUCGCCAGCCCCGGAAGCAGUCCUCCCUCACCAAGCUGAGGGAUAAGCUCCUAUCUCACGACGCCAGCAUCUCCCUCCACCCCCGCAAGACCACUCUGCCCAGCCUGAGACUGCACCGACAAGAGAGGCCCAGGACAUCUGCUACCGCCACGCAACAAGACCAGCGUCGCAACGAAGAAGCUGGUAGAACAAGCCCACCUGCCACAUCUGCCCAUGCCGUUGCUGAGCUUAACUUGCCGCCGCCUGCAUCGGACGUAGCUCUGCCAGACUCUGAGAGCACUCCCAUUCUGGACGAGGCCUCGAGCCGCACGACACCGCCUGAGCCGUCGUUGCAUCUCGACAGCCCGCCUGCCAACCCACGCGUGGUGCUGCAAGAAGCCACUCCCGACGCUCUGGGCGGAUCGCCGUCGGGUCCUGAACAGUAAGUACACCACUGUGCAUAUGCUCUCUGAUCAUCUUUGCCCAGCUGCCAUCAAAUGUCUCACCCGCCCCUCCUCAUCCAACAUGUCUGCCCACAUACAUUCUUAGCUCCUCCUAGCUUGGUCUCGAGUCCACCCAUCGAUCCAUCCUGCUCCCUGUCCUGUAUACCUAUCACCGGCUAUACAUCGGCUAACGCUUGCUCGCUCUCGCAGCUCUCACAACCGCCCGGCAUCGGGAGAGCUCGCCCUCGUUGCUUCCAACGUGGACUUCAACACUAAUCGAAACACCGCCCAACCGGCACUCAUUCGCGCUGUCUCGCCUGCCAGCCUCUCGCGAGACCUCCAUCUCCCCGCCGACCUGCAUACCCAUCUCCGCCAGCAGACCCUCCUCGGCGACUCCAAUGCGAAGAUAGUAAAGACGCUCGUAGACGUGCCGGCCAAGGCUGAUCGUCCUCAUCUCCCGCCCACGACCGCCAGCGACAGUGCGCUGCCCACCGGUGCUCUGUACCAGCACUGCACCCCGAGCGUACCGAGCAUGUCCGCCAUGCUGCAUCGCAAGAUCUGGGUGAAGCGGCCGAGCGCGUCUGCGACCCUGGUCCAAAUUCGAGAGGAUGACUUGGUGGACGAUGUGAGGGAUAUGAUUCUCAAGAAGUACGCCAACUCACUCGGCAAGACCUUUGACGCUCCCGACAUGACACUACGUAUUGUUACACGAUCCGAUGGGACCGCUCCUCGAACCGAGAGAUUACUGGGGCCAGAAGAGGAGAUAUGUAGAACUAUCGAUACCUACUACCCUGGUGGGCAGACAGUGGAUGAAGCGCUGAUAAUCGACACUCCCCACAAGAGGACACCUCGUCCGUCGCCAAGAAACUACAACAGCUAUCAUGCUAUGGAGGAUCUAAGGCCGCAGGAGACGGGUACGGAUUACUUUCCGCUCAUGCCGCCGACCAUCAUCCAACCUGCCAUGCCUCACACUGGCGCACCAGGUCACCCUCAUCCACUAGCGGCUGACCACCCUCGCUCGAUAUCAGUACUGAAUACGGGACAAGUACCUCCUCUACCUUCUCCCGGUGGCCGGAGGCACCGGGCGGAACGGGAGCACCGCCCCAAAUAUGGACGACAGCAUACAUCAUCACCUACGAUACUGACGCACAACGGGGUGCCAAAUCCAGCUGCCGCUGCAGCGCCUCUAGCAGCAUCCGUCCACCUACCACAUCGAGUGUCGGGUCGUCCUCGCGUUGACUCGUCCGCCUCAGAAGCCCACCAUGCCAACGGUGUUCCUGCCUCAGCAGCGCAGGUCCCGACACCGCCUGCGCCGGAGGUUACGAACGGUGCCAGGACCAACUCAACACCUCCUACUCCAUCCAGUGCUGUGCCUGGGUCUGCUCACGGACAUCGUUCGACCCGGCCCCGUAAGACGAGAAAGUCGACCCCAGAGCAUGCGGGCAAGAAGCGCGGCGGUUCAACUCCGCAGGCUGAUCCCUACGGUACCAACCCAGCUCUCCCGAACGUCUCGAGCAUGCUGGAUGGUUCCGUCCCGCCCAUCAACGUACUCAUUGUAGAGGACAACAUCAUCAAUCUCCGCAUUCUGGAAGGGCUGAUGAAGAGGCUAAAAGUGAGAUGGCAGACUGCAAUGAACGGACAGAUCGCUGUGGAUAAGUGGAAGACAGGCGGAUACCAUCUCGUUCUAAUGGACAUUCAGAUGCCCAUCAUGAACGGACUGCAGGCGACCAAGGAGAUUCGCAGGCUGGAGAGGGUGAACGGUAUCGGCGUCUUCUCGUCGUCCAGUCCUGGGAGCCCCAACGACGCCACCAAUGGGGACCAGAAUAAGAAUCACAACCCUGGGGAUGACAAACUCGCCAAAGAAGAUGGGCUGUUCAAGUCGCCCGUUAUCAUCGUCGCCUUGACGGCUUCGUCGCUGCAAUCUGAUCGACACGAAGCUCUCGCUGCUGGGUGCAACGACUUUUUGACCAAGCCAGUCAGCUUUGUCUGGUUGGAAAGGAAGGUGAAGGAAUGGGGUUGCAUGCAGGCCCUCAUCGACUUUGACGGAUGGAGGAAAUGGAAGGACUAUGCUGCCAAGGAAGAAGAGGGCAAGUCGGAAGAGCAGAAGAAGAAGGAGAGGGAAACGGAAGAGAAGCAGAAGAUCAAGAUGGAGAAGAUGGCCAAGUUACAGGAAAAGCAGCGACUUCGCAAGGAGCAGGAACAAAGAGAAAAGGAGACCAAAGCGGCGAAGAGGGAGAGUCUGGAAGCACCCAAGGAAGCUGAAGAGGACAAGGAAAAGGCCACGAAUGGCGCGUGA